AUGCAACCGAAGGCGGAAUCGGAAAUUGAUCUGCAGGCGGAUCACCCGGAAAAUGGCGCCCCUGGAGCGGUUCCAUCCAGCCUCUUCACUCUUCCCUUUCGUAUCUAUUCUUCCAUCUAUUUUCAUCUUUAUACAUUCUUGAGAGGCCUCACCAUGGGGUUCUCGUCCCGAUUUCUCCGCAUUCCGCGGCCAGAGACCGGUGCUUCUCUGAUCACCCUGUCGCUCUUAUUGAACAAGAUCAGUGGCUUCUAUGGCCUCCUCGCCCUCUUCACGGGCUACCACCUUUCACCUGUUCAACUUUCCAUGUACCUCUGGUCUCUGAUCGCCUUGGGACUCGCCGUCGCACUUUUCCCUCACAUCCGCAAGCAAACGCCCCUGCAAUGUCUCGCGCUCGCCUACCUCUACGUGUUCGAUAGUUUGAUCAACGCCGCAUAUACCGCGGCGUUCGGGGUGACGUGGUUCUUGGUAGUGUCGCAACAUUACGACAGUGGCAAGGCUGUCGGCCCCGGAGGCGACACCAUCGCGCAAACCGCCGGAUUCACCAGCCCCAAGUACGACGCCGCUUAUGUCGAAAUUGAAAACACCAAAGAGGGCAACAACUUCAUCGCCCAUCCUCCGCGCGCCGAUGAUCUCAGCAAUGUCGUCCUGCAACCCGAAAGUCUUCAAAGCAUCAUUUUCAUCUGCCUCCUCUGGGUGGUCCGGGUGUACUUCGUUCUCGUGAUGCUGGCCUUCGCGCGCCAGGCCCUUCGCCUCUGGGUCGCGAUUCCUCGCCACACCCAGCUCCCCACCCACAGCCGCAACGUGUCGGUCGCCAGUGUCGCCGAUAUCGACCGGGAGCCCUUCUCCCCCUACAGCCCCGACGGACAAGGAUGGGAAGGCAAAGUAGGCCGCAUCAUGAUCGGGAUCGGCCACAGUUACUGGCUAGGUGAAGAAGAGAAUGGAAACUGGCUUAGCGGCAUCAACCACAAGUUCCGGAAUCGCAGCAACAACACCGAACUUCCCGGGGCCCUGGAGCGCGAGCGCAGACGCCGUUCGGGCACCGGUCCUCCCCAACCUUCGCCCUCUCUCGUUCGGCCUACCGUUCUCCACCAGCCCAUCCCGGAACAUGGCACGAAUGUCAAGAUGCAGGAUUGGACCGCGCCUCGAUAA